AUAUGUGUGUGGGGUUUUUUUUUUUGUUUCCGAUACUUUCAACCGUGUCCAGCCGUGCUGAGUUGUCCACUGCCGCUGAGGCUCGGUCUAACAUGGCCAACGACCUGAAAAUCUUCCUCGAGUCGUCUCUGAAUGAGAUCUUCAAAGCCACAGUGAGCGACAUCCUGGACUCGGUGGACCGGACCCUGUCCGAGUACCAGGGCACGAUACAGAGGAUCGAGUCUGAAAACGAGGGCCUGAAGCGGCUGCUGCUUGCACACAAGAGCAGGGAGUCUGCAGCGAGAGAUGUACAUGAGCAAGAUGCCUCGGAAAAGCUUUCGAACUCAGAAUGGAACCAUCGCCUGAUCAGCUCCACCCAGGGCACAUUCACAAUGUCCAUAUGCAGCAGUGACAAGAAGAGCUGCAGGAGGAAGCAUAAUGACAAGAUGAGGGAGAGCAUAUCCUCUGCCUCCCUUUUUCUGCACACAAAUCAUAUGGUAGAACAACCAUGUGUGAACACAUCAGAGGUAGAUAUGUCCAUGCAAACCUUGGUAUCUGUAAAAACAGAGCCUGGUCUGGAUGAAAGCGGUGCCAUUGACCUAUCCCAGCAAUCAUCCCUUCUCAAUCUGACCACGAGGCCAGUAAAAACUGAGAGCACAGAGGUCAGUUGUGACAGUCAAGAUGCAUACGCACCUUUGCUGCCACCUUCAGGCUUUGAACAAGACUCCAGAAGCAGUGACAGUGAAGUUAAAGUCACCAUUGUUCCUGACAGCUAUGUGCAGGAUGGACAGUUCAUUAAGACUGAGGAGGAGGAGCAGAAUGGGGUGUUGCAGUAUGGCGAUAAUGAAAGUUUUUCUAAACAGGAGUUGAAGCACGUGUUGAGAUAUUACCCCGAAUCACAAAGAGAGCCCGAGGGAGCGAGCAGUCAGGCUGUGGAGCCAGAUGUAGAGACUCGUAAGGAAAAUUCGCCUGCUGUUCCUCCAGACGAGUUUUUGGAGAUUCACAACAACUUCUUGCGCUGUCCCACCUGUCCCAAGACAUUUAGUCGAGCAACCUCACUCAAUAUUCACAUAAAGACUCACAGCGGCGAGAAGGUCCACAGCUGCAGCUACUGUGGUAAACGCUUCGGCCGGGCUGACCUCCUCAAAUCCCACAAGCGUACCCACACAGGAGAAAGACCCUAUAUCUGCAACAUCUGCAAUAAAACAUACGCACAUCCCAGUCAGCUCAGGAUACACAAACGCAUACACACUGGAGAGAAACCAUAUUCCUGCUCGCACUGCGGGAAGCGUUUCAACGAGCACAACCAGCUCAAAGUCCACUUGCGGACUCAUACUGGGGAGAGGCCUUACAGCUGCCAGGAGUGCGGCAAAACGUUCAGCAACGCAGGAAACCUGCGUAUACACGAGAGGAUUCACACUGGUGAGAAGCCAUACUGCUGCUCACAGUGUGGGAAAAGGUUCAACGGCUUGGGGGACCUCAAAACGCAUUACAGGAUUCAUACUGGAGAGAGGCCCUACACCUGUGAGCUGUGUAAGAAGACCUUCAGCCAGACAGGCCACCUCACCAUACACAUGCGGAUGCACACAGGAGAGAGACCAUACAGCUGCAAUGAGUGUGGCAAGAAGUUUACGGUGGCCAGCAGCCUUAAAUUGCACCAGAGGACUCACACGGGAGAGAAGGAGUACAGCUGCACGUACUGCAACAAGAGCUUCAGCAGGUCGGGCCACCUGAAGAGACACGAGCUGGUCCACACCAAAGAGAAGGUCUUCCUCUGCAGCCAGUGUGGAAAGACCUACACGGACCAGUCCUCCCUGAAAAAGCAUUUGAAGAUGCACGCAGCCAAAGAGCAGAAGGCUCAGAGCGAGGGAAGCACCAGUGAGGCUAAAAUGAAACCGGUCCGACCUCCAGUCUCUGAGACACUUUCAGACACUGAUAGAAAUUUGAACCAAAUUGUUGCAGUUGAAUAAUAAUGAAAGCUGGAGACAUGAAGCGCACUACAAUUGGAGAAUCAGCAAGGACACUGAACAAGGGAAAGAACGAACACCAGAGACAGACGCGAGCUUUGUGAUGAGUUUGAUUCAUGAGCUUGAGAGGUUAUAAGGCACCAAAACACUACACUGCAGUUUAUAAUAUCCAGGAGUAUUGGUCUGAACACAAUCGAAGGCUUACUGUGUAACAUGAACAUUGUAUGUCUGCUGUUUAUCAUGUGAUCAUUGUGACAAAAGAUUAAAUAUUUGCCUCUGUGACAACUUUGCCACGCUGUAAAAUCCUGUCUGAGAGUUUUACAAAGUGUUACAAACUAUUGUGCGGUGGUUUGAUGUCUGAUAAGCCUUUAAACUCAUUUAUCUGUUACGCAAUCUGGACUUCGUGUAUCAUAUUGUUUCCUGUACUUGUAAAAACACACCCCCACCAAUGUAGCCCCAUGUGCUGUUUCAGCACAGAGCCAAAUAUUUAGCAGAACUGCUGAUUAAUCAUUUAAUUUAGUCAAUUAACUCUGAUAUUCUCCUUGUGGGCCUGUCCCUCAUUGGUGUAAGAGACAGGCAGAAAACAGCAUCCUAAGAUAACUUUAAAACUUGAUUUAUGUUACCAAAAUGUUUAAGUAUUAAUGAAAUGCUUUAUAGGAAAAAAAAAAUUAUUGAACACAGUGUCUGUCAGAUUGGAAGGAUGUGUUCAUCCACCCUGCUGAAAGUUUCCCACAGGGUUGAGUAAAAAAUAGUCGAAUUCUUUUAGAAGAUGCUUCUACACACAUUUAUACACUUUGUUGCCAGAGAGUUAGAAUUGUGUACUGCUCAGUGAUUUAAGGUGAAGAUGAUUAAUACAAUGCUGUAUAUAGCUUUAACUAUACUGUCAACGAUAUGACCUGUUGAACUGACAAGAAUGUAUUUGUGUAAUAAUGUUACUGAAAUUGAUGUUACUGCAAAUGUUCAGUAUCGACCGACCAGCUUUCAGUAGUAAAUGAAUGUUUUGUAAGCCAUGCUGAUCUCAAAUAAUGUUGAGCUUCUAGUGGAUUUGUUUUAGGUCUUUCACUGUAGUAACAAGAAACAUGUCUCUCACCUUGAAUAAUGUACAACUGAGUCACACAAGAGUAAAAUUUCAUGUUUAUGAUCAUAGGGCUACUGUUGAUUGUGGCAACUGGUUGAUAUACCUUAACAUCACUGUAUAUUAAACUGACUGUUUGCUACUAGGAAUUUAUUGUGAUUUGUGUCUAAAUUAAAGAGAAACG